AUGUCCCUCAUUGAUGUCAAUGACAAAGUUACAUUGCAUCCUAAACCUGGGUUUGUUGUCAAGACAAAGAUCUUAGAAUGCAAAGAUACAAGCAGAAUAUCGACCAAAACGUUUAUCAAUAUAUGUCACGAUGAUCAGGUGCCUCAGCCUGAUGUUGCCUUUGAUCCCGAUAUUGUUUUUCCUUUGAUUAUUGAAAACCAAUGGGAAAUACCAAUUAUUGUAUCUAGAGAAAGAGAGGCCACAGAUAAAAAAGGGUUCCCUUCUCUUGUUUAUGACUGCUGCAUCAAUACGCGAUGUUUCCAGUGGUGUCAAAUUAGCAAAGACUUGCGUCUCAUCUUGAUUGAAUGGUGUAUUGAAUCCAUCGAGUUGAUCAACUCGAUGACUUUGGAGAGGGAUUAUAGCAUUCCCAAAAUGUUAUCCAAGGGAGACUUAACAGAAACUGAGAUCACGCGGCAGGAGUUGGAAAGCGCGAGAACAAAGUUACGAGAUAUGGAGGAUAAUGUAGCACUGAAUGUCGUGCGAGAUUUAACUGAGAAUGACGCCAUGGAGGAAGAUGGAGAGCUACCUGACUUGUUUAAUCGUGAAAAUACCAAGAACACGUUAAUUGAGGAGGUGAAGACGAAACCUUUUAGUGAAGAGGUGGACAACAGACCAUUGGCUGGUAAUGCAAAGGAUAGGCCACUAAUUGAGGAGGUGAAAAGUAAACCAUUAAUUGAGGAAAUUGAAAAUAAACCAUUAAUUGAAGAGGUGAAAGCCAAAGCAUCAGUUAAAGAAAAUGGAAACCAGUCUCUGAAACCACUGAGUAAUACCAGCACACAAAGGUCAAUUGAUUAUACACUCACUUUUAAAAAAUUAAACAGUGAUGGUUAUAACUUGUGUAUCAUCUUUGAAAGUAAAUCGGUCCAAGUUGUGGAAUAUAAAGUGCGCUUUUCUCCAACAGAUAAAACAAUUAUUAUCAAAAGUAACAAUCCCAGCUAUCAAUUUCUGGGAACCCUGGAGCUCAGAGUCCCGGUAUCUUUGGACGUCAAAUACGUCUCGACAAUAUUUAAGUGUUUUCAGAACGAUAAGAAAUUGUAUAUCUUUAUCUAA